UCCCUGCCCCGCGCCGCCCGGCCCCCUUCACAGAGUUCAUCACUCCUAGCGGAAGCGCCGCCAGCAUGUCUGAUAAACUGCCCUACAAAGUCGCGGACAUCGGACUGGCUGCCUGGGGACGGAAGGCCCUGGACAUAGCUGAGAAUGAGAUGCCAGGCUUGAUGCGCAUGCGGGAGAUGUACUCAGCCUCCAAGCCACUGAAGGGUGCUCGCAUUGCUGGCUGCCUGCACAUGACUGUGGAGACUGCUGUCCUCAUCGAGACUCUCGUGGCCCUGGGUGCUGAGGUGCGGUGGUCCAGCUGCAACAUCUUCUCUACUCAGGACCAUGCAGCAGCUGCCAUUGCUAAGGCUGGCAUUCCAGUGUUUGCCUGGAAGGGCGAGACAGAUGAGGAGUACCUGUGGUGCAUUGAGCAGACGCUGCACUUCAAGGAUGGACCCCUCAACAUGAUUCUGGAUGAUGGUGGUGACCUUACUAACCUCAUCCACACCAAAUACCCACAGCUUCUGUCAGGCAUUCGAGGUAUCUCUGAGGAGACCACAACUGGGGUCCACAACCUCUACAAGAUGAUGGCAAAUGGGAUACUGAAGGUGCCUGCCAUCAAUGUCAAUGAUUCUGUCACCAAGAGCAAAUUUGACAACCUCUAUGGCUGCCGGGAGUCCCUCAUAGAUGGCAUCAAACGGGCCACAGAUGUGAUGAUUGCGGGCAAGGUGGCAGUGGUAGCAGGCUAUGGUGAUGUGGGCAAGGGCUGUGCCCAGGCCCUGCGGGGUUUUGGGGCCCGAGUCAUCAUCACCGAGAUUGACCCCAUCAAUGCACUGCAAGCUUCCAUGGAGGGCUAUGAGGUAACCACCAUGGACGAGGCCUGUAAGGAGGGCAACAUCUUUGUCACAACCACAGGCUGUGUUGAUAUCAUCCUUGGCCGGCACUUUGAACAGAUGAAGGACGAUGCCAUUGUUUGUAACAUUGGACACUUCGAUGUGGAGAUAGAUGUGAAGUGGCUCAAUGAGAACGCCGUGGAGAAGGUGAACAUCAAGCCCCAGGUGGACCGCUACUGGCUAAAGAAUGGGCGCCGCAUCAUCUUGCUGGCUGAAGGCCGUCUGGUCAACCUGGGUUGUGCCAUGGGCCACCCCAGCUUCGUGAUGAGCAACUCCUUCACAAACCAGGUGAUGGCACAGAUUGAGCUGUGGACCCACCCAGAUAAAUACCCCGUUGGAGUUCACUUCCUGCCUAAGAAGCUGGAUGAGGCAGUGGCUGAAGCCCACCUCGGCAAGCUGAAUGUGAAGCUGACCAAGCUGACUGAGAAGCAGGCCCAGUACCUGGGCAUGCCCAUCAACGGCCCCUUCAAGCCUGACCACUAUCGCUACUGAGUGCAAGGACUGUCCUUCACCUUCCAGCUGCCAUCCUUGUUCCGGGCCCUACCUCUUGUUCCCAAGAGCAUAUGUCACCAAUUUUGCAGUUGCUUGGCCAGUGUUCUCCCCAAUCCCACGCUCUCACCCACACUGGGGCUGGUCACUCUGUCUUUGACCUCUGCUGUAUCCCUUAUACUGUUCCAGGUGUGACAGGGGAGCGGAGAGGUACCUGAGAGGCAUCUACAGGGGAUGGGAACUUAGAGAACUCUUGGGAGUCCUGUGGCUGGAUAUUGCUAGUGAUGGUCACAAGCCCAUGCACCUUAUCCUCCAGACCUUCACUUGGUCUUUAGAUCUGUGUGCUUGGUUUACAGAUCCACUGGUUUCUCAGCCCAGGACCCAAGAAAGCUCUACCAAAGGGUAGGAACUCCUAGAGUUUGAAAGUUCCUGAGAGCUUGGCUUUUUUACUGUUGGGCUGUCUCUUAACUCUCAUAAUACUGAAUUGGUACUUUUUUGGUCCCUAUUUCACAAGGGUUAGGAUAGAUUAACCAAGAAAGGACAAGUGACAGAGACUGAAAGGGGCUGGAAAAACAAAUAGGAAAAACCCUGUCGUUACUGUAUAAUUGAUGGUUUCUAUCACAGGCCCGGGUCACAAACAGAUUUAUUGGUUUUAUAAUGUUUAUUUACUAUUUAGAAUGUUAACAAAGGAAGGUGGAUAAAAUACAGUUUCUAGUGCCUAAAGAAUUUUGGCCCUUUAUUAAAAUUUAAGUGUGUGGCAUAUGUACAUGUGUGUGCAGAUACUCUGAGACAGAGUCCCUCACUGAACUGGAGCUAGGCUGUUUCUGCUCUCCCCAGUUCCCUUACCCCAGUGUUGGGGUUAGAGUUGAGCAUGGCCAUGUGUAGCUUUUACAAGUGCAAAUGGUCUUACCCACUGAACCACCUCUUCAGGGAUCUCAUAAUAUGAUUCACACAAAAAUAUAUGAGAAAUUGAGCUGCCUCUUAUUUGUCCAAGUGAUCAAUUUACUGAACCCGUUUGACCUUGAAAGCAAAUGAAAACAAGCCCCAUGCUCAGGAUGCCUAGAGGCUGUUCUAAGUACCCUCUACUGAGAGGUACUUAGAGCCUGGUGGAAAUGCUAGGAAAUGUGAGAGCCAAACCUGGAUGGCUGGGAUGUCCAGGUAAGGGCAGGUUCUCACACGGAGCUCUAGGACAGCCAGGGCUACACAGAGAAACCCUGCCUCAAACAGCAACAACAAAAGAGUAGGAUUUUAGGUUUUUUGUUUGUUUUUGAGACAUGGUCUAAAGUGGCUCAGGCUGGCAACUCUAUAGCCAGAGUGACUCCAUUUCUGAUCUUCCUUCCUGCCAGUGAGCUGUGAGUACAGGUGUGCAUGUAGGCUGGAGAACAGCCUUGUGAGGUCCACUCCUGCCUUCCAUCUUUAUGUGGGCUCUAGGGACCAAGCAGAGGGCUCAGGUGUGUACAGCAAACCAGUCACCUCCACCCCCAGCUCCUCAAGUUGACUGAGCCGACUGUCACAGGGCUACCUCCCUGCAGUAUGUGUAACUGAAACUGCAUAAACUACAAGAGUAUAUGAUGA